CGCAGCUGGCGCCGCUAUACAGCGGCCUCGGCCCUGCCCUGCUCCGCUCGGCGCGCGGCGUCUCCCGUGGCUCUCUGCGCGACCCCUCGCAGAACCUGCCCCCUCUAAACCGUUCCCUCUGCCCCCGAUUCACCGUCGGCGAGAGCUGGCUCGAGUCGGGACGAUCUGGGGAGAUGCGGGGAGAUUACGGGGAGAUACGGGGAGAUCGCUGGCUUCACCGUCGGCGAGAGCUGGCUCAAGCGACUGCCCGACGCCCGCGACAUCUCUCCAGGCGGGCGGGAUGGCCAUCUGGCUCUCGACGCGCAACGGACUCGAGCGCUCGGCUCCGGAGUCGCUGCAGCGGUCCCCGUGGGCACGCGACUGGCUUGUCGGGAUGGCGUCGACGGCGCUCACCGACGCGUGCACUUUCCCACUCGACACCCUCAAGAAGAACCUGCAGGCCGAUGGCGGCUCCUUCCCGGCGCUGGCGCGCCGCCUCCUCCUCCGCGGCGGCUGGCCGCGCCUCUACAGCGGGUAUGGCCCGCGGCUCGCCAUGCAGGCCGUCUCUGGGGGCCUCUGGAACUGGGUCUUCGUGAGAGGGCAGGAGCUCUUCUCGAGCCAAGGCUGGACUUGAUUUUGCGUGUUUGUGUAUAAAAUUUGAACAAUUAAGGG